AUGGCACCCCUCACUUCAGAAGACUACAAGACUCUUGAGCAGUCGCGCCAACGCCUGGUCCAGUUGACGCGAUCUCUCGGAUCCCUAGUGUCAAGUUUGGAGCAGGGUGAUCCUCUGCCACCAUGGUCGUCCCUCCAAGCCCAAGCAAGCAUCAUAUCAAACAACCUCAUUAGCGUGACGGAACAUCUCUCCGAUCACCGUGAUCUGCUCGCCUCCGUUGUCGCAUACCCGGGCCCCGAGUACCCAGGUCGCACACAAGAGCCUAUGCUCCAACAACUGCUACGAACAAAGCUUGACCCUCGCGUAGAGGACUGGGUGGCCCGAGGUCGAGCCGCAGGCAUGGCCGCCCACGCAUCUUCUUCCCUCCCCUCUCAAUCGACGAUACCCAACCCCAGCGACGCAGCCAUGACGAGUACGAAGCGGCUCAAUGAUGCCGAACUGACCGAACUAUGGCAAUGGGCGCCAAUUGAGGCGAAUCAAGAAGCUCGGAAACGUAACUGGGGAGGAAACUACACCUUGGAAGAGCGCGAGGCCGGCAUACAGAAUGUAGUGACGGGCUUGCGAAGGCAACUGGAAGACGACGACGGCAGCGAUGACGAGGAGGAGGGCGAGGAAGAUGACGAAGAGGAUGAGAUGGAAGUCGUGGGGGUGCAUCGCAAGCCGAGCGGAGGUGUUGAAUUUGACAUUGCGCCUCACCACACACAUCCUGUCCAACCCGUGGUUCCACUGGACAAGAUUCUUCGCUACAUGACCACGGGACAUAUGCCGUGA